AUGUUUCAUUUUCGGUUUUGGUUAUUUGGCGAAUGGAAUGAUGUUGUUAUUGAUGAUCGAUUACCAUGUUACAAGGGUAAUUUUGUAUUUUGUCGAAAUAACAAAGAUCCAAAUGAACUAUGGGCACCAUUACUCGAAAAGGCCUACGCAAAAGUAUGUGGUUCAUAUCAACUAAUGGCUGGUGGGCGAAUGGCCGAUGGUCUCGUUGAUUUCACAGGCGGCAUUGAUGAAUCGAUUAUGUUGGAUCAACAAUCACCUCCACCAGAACUUAAAGAAGAAAUUAAACGUCUUCUGUCUCAAGCAUUGGCAAGAAAAUCUAUGGUGGGAUGUAAUAUAUUUCCAACUGAGAAAGAGCCGAAUGCUGGAUUGUUACAUAAUGGGCUUGUUUCGGGACAUGCAUUUUCCAUAACACAAAAGAAAGAUUUAAAUACACAGAAUGGAGUUGUUACAUUGAUUAGAUGUUUAAAUCCGUGGAAUGAUUCAAUUGAAUGGAACGGUGAUUGGGGCGAUAACUCACAGUUGUGGGACGGAGUGGCUGAAGAAGAAAAGCGCAAAUUUAAAUUUCAAAGAUUACACGAUGGAGAAUUUUGGAUGUCUUACGAUGAUUUUUUUACUAAUUUUCAUGAGCUUCAAAUUUGUCACCGUACUCCAGAAUCCGUGGGUCUUUUUGAAACUGCUUCACCUACAUCGCUUCCGAGUCCGGAAAAUGAAUUGACAUGGCAUGAAGAAAUGUUUCACGGCAAAUGGAAAGAAGGAGAAUCUGCUGGUGGAAGCGGCUUGGAGAGACAGCCCCCAGAAAAGUAUUGGACCAAUCCUCAAUAUCUGAUCAAAUUAGAAUUUACCGAUGGUGGUAUUAAAGAGAAAUGGCGUACAAUGAUUAUUGCAUUAAUGUUUAAAAGAAGACAACUAAAAUUAAAUGACGGACAACCUGUACUCAUAGGAUUUGAUGUUUAUCGGGUCAAGAACGGUGCUAAUCUACGUAAACAUAUUGAAGGAAGUCAAAAGUAUUAUAUGGUACAUUUAGACUAUGUUGGUGAUAGUGGAGGGCAUACGGUGCAUCGUUCUGUUAGUAAAAGAUUUAAAGUUCGUCCUGGGACUUAUAUUAUCAUACCAAAUACAUUUGUUUGUGACGAUGUUGGUGAAUAUCUCUUACGAAUAUUCACUGAAACAGUCGAGGGUCAAACACUAGCAAUAGAAUUGACAAAUAAUAAAGAAAAUCUUACUGAAUUGGAAACAAAACGUCCACAUUUAGAAGUCGAUAGUAAAUCAACUUCUACUCCGAAAUCAUCCAACGAAGAAACAAAUAAUGUCACAGAAGAUGUAGGUGGUGCUUUUUCAGGUCCAAAUUCAAGAAAACCAAAUACCAAUAUUGAUACUAAUAAUAAAAAAGGACAUUAUCGUACAAUUCAAUAA